AUGGCCCCAGCUGAUUCGGUCGAGCAGAACGGGUCACCUCACAAAUCACAUUCUACCGCCUCAAGCGAGCCCGACGGCACUGAACCCUCCGAUGAGGGCAUUUCCCAUGCGUCCGAGGAGCCUGCCUUGACUUCACUGAGAUGUCGACCAGCUCUGGUGAAGCAUGCUCUCCAUCAGAUCAAGGCUCCGGGUAGUGUCCAAGCGCUUGCUGUCGACGAUGAUGUGAUAUUUGCCGGCACUCAAGGGGGAAACAUUGUCGUUUGGUCUCUUGAGACAUACGAGCUCCUGGCUACGGUCCCUGCUCACAAAGAGAGUGUCCUCAGUCUCACCCUCUCAGAUGACAAGACGCUCCUGUUCUCCACUGGUGCCGAUGCUAUUGUCAAUGUCUGGUCUACCGAGUCUCUACAAAGACUCUAUUCUCUAUAUUCGCCCUUUGAAAUUGGCGAUGUCUUCUGCGUGGUCCACUCUGCCAGAUCCCAGACUCUGUUUUGGGGCGCCCAGAAUGCUAGCAUUCAGUGGUACAAGCUCAACACCGAUACUGCUGUCAAAUCUCCCGCGUCAAACCUUGCGCCUGGCUCUCGCAAACACCGCUUCUUCGACUCUUUGGGCCCUGGGGGGAUAGCCAAUGUCAUUGCAGAUGAGGGUGCAGUCAACGGAGCUAGCAACCAGGGUGGUCGAGCUUUGACCGCUCCAAGCCGCAACUAUCUUCCAUACGCCCACAAAAGCUAUAUUUACAGCAUGCUACUGGUGAAAGGUCUCUUUACUCGUGGCAGAGAUGAGGAAGUUCUCAUCACUGGUGGAGGUGAUGGAACCAUCAAGCUCUGGUCGGUUGACGAUCUCGCGGAAUCUGGGCCAAAACAGAUCACAAAAUUCAAAAACGCAGAUUCCAAUGUGUUGAGUCUCUCAUACCGUGGCUCCUUCCUUUAUGCUGGUUUGUCGGACGGCCGCGCUCACAUUUAUAACCUCGCCUCAAAUCAACUCGUGCAGAAGCUACAGGUUGACCAUGGCGACGUCAGUCAGAUCCUGGUGAGCACAGAGAGCAUCUUGUGCGGAACCAGCCAAGGAUGGAUCAAGCGGUACGACGACCAUUUCGCAGAGCUUGAAUCAUGGCAGGCUGCUGCCGGAAAGAUUCUAGCAAUGGGCUUGACAACAACCCCUGAUCACGACAUGCUGGUGACGGGUGGAAACGACAGUGUCGUAUCUUUCUGGAGCGGCAAGCCCGGCUCCCAGAACUCCGUAGCUGCUUCUGCAAGAAGCAAUGACGAACUCGUCAACGCUCUUCGAGAGUUUGUGGCGUAUCGCACGGUGGCUCUGAAUCCAACGUAUGUCCGAGAUUGUCAUGAAGCGGUCACAUUUCUUCGUAAGAAAUGUAAUGCCUUUGGUGCGACUACCCGCCUCCUGUCGCCACAAGAAGGUGUCAACCCGAUACUACUCGCAAGAUUUCCAGCAUCCAAACCUACCAAAUCAACGAGAUCGAUCCUUUUUUAUGGCCAUUAUGACGUCGUUGACGCAGAACUUGACCCCAACAGCUCAAAUCCAUCCUGGAAUGGGGAUCCAUUCGCCCUACAACCAUUAGACGCGUACCUUUACGGCCGUGGCGUGACCGACAACAAAGGUCCCAUCCUAGCGGCCAUCUACGCUGUCGCCGACUUGGUCCAACACGGUUCCUUGUCUUGCAAUGUGACAUUUCUACUUGAAGGCGACGAAGAAGCCGGCUCACGAGGGUUUCGUCAGACAGUUCAAUCUGCCCACGACGCUGUUGGGCCAGUGGACUAUAUUCUGCUAUCCAACAGUUACUGGCUCGAUGAUCACAUCCCCUGUCUUACAUUUGGCAUGCGUGGAGUCAUUCAUGCCUGUGUCAGCGUCACUUCGAAUCGACCGGACCUGCAUUCGGGAAUGGAUGGCAAGUCCGUCCAGCACGAGCCACUCAAGGAUCUAACAGUUUUACUCGCUGCCCUUAUCGGCUCUUCUGCCACAAAGGUCACGAUCCCGAACUUCUACGACACGGUUGAUGAGCUGUCUGAAUCAGAAGUCAAAGCCUAUGCCGCCAUUACUUCAUCUCUCCUUCCCGGCCACCCAGAGAUCAAGAAUGAGAAGGCCUUCGCCCUCUCGCUCAUGCAACGGUGGCGGUAUCCCAACCUGACUGUGCAUCGUAUCGAGGUGCCCGAGGCAAAAACUGCCGUCACCAUCUCUGGCUCUGCGAAGGCGACACUCUCCAUUCGAAUCGUCCCGUCACAGACGGCAGAGCAGAUUGCCCAGUCGUUGACAGAAUACCUGCAUGCCGAGUUUGGGAAGUUACAGAGCUCGAAUGCUUUGGAGGUUACCAUCACGUCAAAAGCGGACCCGUGGCUCGCGGAUGUCAAAAGCGAGAUUUACACGACUCUCAAAGACGCCAUUGUUGACGUGUGGAAUCCUGACAUGGCUGCGCACCAGCAGCGAACAUUCAAGAUAUCCACCGAAACACCAUCCAAACCCACGCCCAACCCUAAGGCCUCCCCCUCCUCAUCGUCAAUAGCCGUAGUCCCCGAUCCCACCCCAUCCACAGCCACAGCCGCAGCCUCACACCGCACAUCCCACCGCCGCGCCUCUUCACUCGCCACGACCGGCUCCUUCCCGCCAUCCACUCUUCCCCGCGAACCGCUGUUCAUCCGUGAAGGCGGUUCCAUCCCCGCGAUAUCGUUCUUGGAGCAUGAAUUCCAGGCCCCCGCGGCCAUGUUCCCGAUGGGCCAGGCGAGCGACAAUGCGCACUUGGACAACGAGCGCAUGAGGGUGGAGAAUCUGUAUAAGGGACGGGAGGUGCUCAGGAGGGUGUUUAGCAGCUUGUGA